AGGAGGAGUGUCAUCUGUGAUCACACCAUGCCUUGCAGUACACUGAGGGAAAAACAGUGGAGCACAGACAAAUCCGAACGAAACAAUCCAAAGCAAUGUAACAUGGGCUGCUAGACUGCCUGGAAAAACACAACAGGGUAGAAGGUUUGUUUAUUCAAAUCCCAAUGUACUGCAUGUCACAGUAAAUUAGGCAGAUGCACAGCGUAUUAGCUCAGAAAAGCUGUGUCAAAAUGUCAGCAGGCGAUUCUGUCGUUGCAAUGGAGAACUACAGUGCAGAGGAGUCGUUUCUAUUGAAAAGGAGGAACACAAUGUCCAAACCUUCCUCUGCUUCAUCCAGCACAACUGGAUAUCAUUAUCAGCGUUCAGAUGUAGAAAAUGUGGAGGAGCACCAGAGGAUGGUCAGUGAGUCUCUGCAGGCUGUCGAUUCGGAGCAACAGGAGCACUCAGGCAGGCGGAAACCGGCAUUGGUCAGGUCAAAGACCUUUGACCCCUCCAUGCUGACUCAGAUCCAGACAGACUCAGACUCCAAGAUAGACAGGAAGAAGUUUCAAUACAGCCAGCUUUCGAAGAGCAACUGCCAGUACCAUAAAAUAUUUAAGGAAAUCAGUAAAGAGGAACAACUGAGACAAAGUUACCCCUGUGCUCUGCAGAAAGACAUCCUCUACCAGGGACGAAUGUUUGUCUCAGACCACUGGAUCUGCUUCCACUCCAAGGUGUUUGGCAAAGACACAAAGAUCGCCAUCCCAGUUAUGUCCGUCACUCACAUCAAGAAGACCAAAACUGCCAUCCUGGUGCCAAAUGCUCUGGUGAUUGCCACCACUAAUGACAGAUACGUGUUUGUGUCCUUCCUGUCCAGAGACAACACCUAUAAGAUCUUGAUGUCCGUCUGUCUUCAUCUGGAGGAGAAGAGUCCAUGCAGCAGUCCCAUCCCUUCCUCAGCUGAGAAUAGUUUCAGAGGUCAGAGGUCACCUCUGUCACCUCGCUUUCCCCUGAGCUUUGCAGGGGAUUUCAGCGAUCUGGACGGAGCAGUUAGACAGAGGAGACAGGAGAUGGAGGAAAGCAGCAGCUCUGACUCCCAAACUCACGACUAUGACAAGAUAGCAGAGUUCCCUGUUUCUCCGUUUCUGGAAGUGUUGAAGCACACGCACGGUGCAGCUUCUCCUGAACGUCCGGACCAUCAGCACAAAGUGAAGAACCAGCAUCAGAACCAGCAGAGCUCAGACAGCAAGCAGCACGACUCACAGCAUACUGGCUCAGAGCUGGUGAUUGACAGCAGAACUCUGAAGCCAGUUUCCCUCCACACUGUGCUAUUUGUUUACCUGUUUCUAGUGUGUAUCUUGGUCUUCUCUUCUUGUUACCUGGCCUUUAAGAUCGUCUCACUGGAGCAGAAACUGACGACGCUCGGCUCCAUCACCGAGUUCAGUCACCAGGAGAAGGACUUUCUGCGAGGCAGUGAUGUCAACAUAGAGCUUUUCUCUGAACUACUGACCAUCAACCUGAUGAAGCUGGAGAAGGUGCAGAAGAACCUGCAGAGACUGCUGGACGAAGCUGCCUGAACAUAUGUGAAACCAGCAUAUUGAGAUGAAAGUGCUGUCUACAGUUCUGUAAAUAAACUGUAAAUAUAUACUUUAUUACAGUGGAUGUUUCAACCUUACAGGAGAUGUAUUGGACUAAAUCUUGCAAUGGGUUAAAAAACAGUGUUCCCCUCUGUGGUGGAAAGUAUUACCUGUAAUUAGACCCAACACUGACGUCACUGUAUACUGGCAAACUGCACUUCUACACCACUGCAUCAAGGUGAGAAGUCAAACCACUUCAGGUCAACAAGAUUUUCAUCUCAUAUAAUUACAGGCCAGUCUGAGCUUAACAAUUCAUCAGCUGAUUAGAAAUCAAGCCUACAGGCAGUGCUUGCAUCUGCUUGAUGCAAAUGCGGUAGAAAGGCUCUGACAUUUCAAAAGAUCAGUUUUGAAAGGCAGUAGUAUUACUUUGUUUUUCUGUGGCACAAAAUGUAUUUUGUCUGCUCCUGUUGCUGUCUUUAAGUUUAAAGUUGUAAAAAGCUUUUUGGUUAUACUCACAAUGAAGUCACUCAGGCCUGCGUUCAGAGAUCAAUGAUGUAUUUUCAUCACUGCAUUUAUUGUCUCACUUUUGCCUUGCUUGGCUGAUCACAUUUUGUUGUUUUUUUUUAUUUUAUUGUUAAUGAAGUGCGGCACGGUGGUGCAGUGGUUAGCACUGUCGCCUCAUAGCAAGAGGGUUCCAGGUUUGAAUCCCAGUCUGGGCCC